AUGGCUCGCAGCCGGUCGCGCUCCCGUUCUCGAAUUGGACGCCACCACAGUCGCCGACGAGCACGCAGCUCGUCCACCUCAUCCUCUGGCUCAUCAUCUCUAUCGCGUUCUCGCUCUAGAUCGCGCAGGGCAUCAGCACCACGCAAGAAACUGCGGCGCAAAUCGCACGUGGAUAAGGAUGACACAAUGCUCUUGGAUAGAACACGAACACGAGAUGCAGCAUCAGACGAUGUCACGCCUCCUCGUCGUUCAAGAGAUAAAAAAGGGGAUGUGACGCCGCCACGAGGUCCAUUGAAACAGGGCGACAAGAAGGAUCUCUCGGACACUAAGCCAGUUAGGAAGAGGACACUUUUGACAGAUGCCCGUGCCAGUGGACGCACGGGUGGUGUGUAUAUCCCACCCUUUAAAUUGGCGCAGCUUAGAAAACUAGAGGAGAAAAACCUCGAACCAUCUUCAGAGGAGACGCAGCGUCGCACGUGGGAUGCACUUCGGAAAAGUUUAAAUGGACUCAUUAACAAGGUGAAUGUGGCAAAUCUGAGCAACAUUUUGCCUGAGCUAUUCCAAGAAAAUUUGGUGCGCGCCCGUGGAUUGCUGGUUCGAGCCAUCAUGAAAGCGCAAUUGGCGUCUCCAGGUUUUACGCACAUCUACGCGGCUCUCGUGGCCGUAAUCAAUACCAAGAUGCCUGAAAUUGGUGAGUUGCUGGUCAAGAGAGUUGUGUACCGUUUUCGUCGAGCUUUCAAAAGAGGUGACAAGGUGGUAGCCAUUGCACUGGUAAGAUUUAUCGCCCAUCUUGUCAAUCAGCAAGUAGUGCAUGAGCUCCUCGCACUCGAGGUGUUAACACUGCUUUUGGCCAAUCCAACAGAUGAUUCAGUAGAAGUUGCAGUGAACUUUACAAAGGAGAGUGGACAAAUUCUGGCUGAAUUGUGUCCGGAAGGACUGCGCGCUAUCUUUGAGCGUUUUCGAGGCAUUUUGCAUGAAGGAGAGAUUGAUAAGCGAGUGCAGUACACGAUUGAAGGUUUGUUUGCAAUUCGGAAAGGCGGAUUCGCCGACUAUCCAGCUGUGCAUGAACAGUUGGAUCUUGUUGAAACGGGGGAUCAAAUCACACACGAAACAACUUUGGAAGAGAACAUUGAUUGUGAAGACAAACUGGAUGUAUUUCGUUUUGAUCCAGACUAUGAGAAAAAUGAGCAGAUGUGGGCUGCUAUAAAAAAGGAGAUUUUAGGGGAAUCUGACUCAGAUUCCAAGUCCUCUAGCGACUACACGGAACAGGAUCUUGUUAAUUUACGCCGCACAAUCUACCUUACUAUCAUGUCUAGUAUCACUCACGAAGAAUGUGCACACAAACUGAUGAAGCUCAAUAUUCGCCCCGGUCAGGAAAAAGAGAUAUGCCUGAUGUUGAUCGAGUGCUGCAGUCAGGAACGGACGUACUUGCGCUAUUACGGACUACUUAGUGAACGGUUCUGCUUAAUCAAGCGGGAGUAUCAGGACGCGUUUGACGAAUGCUUUGCUGAACAAUACUCGUUGAUUCACCGCCUUGAAACGAAUAAACUUCGUAAUGUGGCAAAACUUUUUGCUCACCUUCUCUUUACAGAUGCGCUUCCAUGGACAGUGUUCGAAUACAUUCAUUUAAACGAGGAGGAGACGACAUCAUCCAGCCGAAUUUUUAUAAAGAUUUUGUGUCAGGAGCUAUCUGAGCACCUUGGUUUGAAGACAUUAAAAGAAAGAUUUUUCGAUGAAAUCAUGCAGCCGACGUUUGCUGGUCUCUUUCCGAGGGACAAUCCACGCAACACUCGCUUUGCUAUAAAUUUCUUUACAUCUAUUGGUCUUGGUGGGCUUACCACAGGCUUACGAGAGUACCUCAAGAUUGCGCCGAAGAUGAUCAUGGAACAGCAAAUGGCUGCGGCUGGCAGUAGCGACUCAGAAUCAGACUCUGACUUGAGCGAUAGCACUAGUAGCAGUAGCAUGACAGUAGUAGCGACUCGUCGUAGUCCCAUUAAUACAAUCACAUGA